AUGGCAACCUACCUCGUGACAGGCAGCGCCCGAGGAAUUGGGCACGAAUUGGUCCGACAGCUAGCGGCAAAAGCAGACAGCGAAAUCAACACUGUCUUUGCGACUUCACGAGCGCAAAAUGAACGCCUGAAGGCGCUCACUGAGCAAUAUCCUGGUCGGGUCAUUUUCGUUCCUCUCAUUGUUGGGGAUGAAACAAGCAUGCGUAAUGCUGUGCCUAUUAUCGAGACUGCUCUGAAAGACAAAGGACUGAACGGGCUAGAUGUCCUCAUCAAUAAUGUUGGGGUCGUCGGAAGUGCUUACGCACAGGAGAUGUCUGACUUGGACGAGACUUUCCAUAUCAACGUUACUGGCCCUCAUACGAUGAUCCAGCUUUUCUUACCGUUAUUGAGGAAGGGUGCCGAGAAAAAGGUCAUCAACAUUUCAAGUUCUGUGGGCUCAAUCACACGACAGCCUCGCUAUAAAGAAUUUCCUGCCGCAGCUUACAAGGUUACUAAAGCGGCCUUGAAUAUGUUGACGGUAGUAUGGGCGCAGGAAUUGGCUAACGAGGGUUUUACCAUCAUAAGUCAAAAUCCAGGGGUAGGCUGCUCCUAUCCCGUCAUUGAAAUAUUUCGUGCUAGAGAACUUACACCCGACCAGUGGUUACAGACAGACGAGGCCAACGCGCAUGCCGAUCUUCCUGUUGGAACGGGCGUGAGCCAGAUUCUGGAAAUCGCCCAGAAAACUGGUCAGGAGGGCAGUGGGCGGUUUCGAAAUAUCCAUGUGCCAGGUUGGGAGGACAAGCCAGGUCUACAUCAAUAUGAUGGCAAGGAUCUACCGUGGUAG